UUCAAUGCUUGCUCCUUCAUUCACGGUAGGUGAAGUUAGGUGUAAUGUAACCGAAGCAGUUACCUCUGGUGAGUGAAGACGGACCGCUCCAUGAAUCACCACAAAAAAACAACAUUAUGUUUAAUUUUUGUCUUGGAAGCAGGGUUUAUUGGGAUUUUGACUAAGGUUGCGUCGUGUGGAAUUUCUGUAAUCCAGAUGCCUAACCCUUCGCUUAUCAUUGAAGCGGUGCAAUGGCCAAACAUCCCGACAAGCCCAUCGUGCACUACGGUGUGCCAGAGUGGUGCAGCAACAACGAACAGUUGUCUGCCACUGCAGAGCUUGAACGACAUCUUUCGAAUGCAAUCCGCCAAGAGAGCAGGUCACUCCGCAAAGACACCGACUGUAAGACAAAUUGGGAUGAAAGCGAUACCUCCCGCAUGUUGAGGGAUCGGGUCUGGGAAGUUUCAAGAUGUAAGGAUCUGCUCGUGACCUGUGCGCAGAAAGUAGAUGACGAGAUUGAAGCUCUGACACUGUCUAAAACCCGGACCGAGGAGACCUUGGCUGCCACAGCUGUUCCCCACGAGGUCAGCACGGAGAGCCUUACCCUGAGGGAGGGACGGCAAGGAUUUGAGCUGGUCAACGACCCCGUGGAAAAGGAGUUAAAACAAGAGGUGCAUGUCAUCGAAAGAGUGCAGCAAGGCCUGCAGAACCACAUAGACCGGGCAUUUGCACAGCUCGUUAUUUUGCAGAAAAUUCGACAGCAGCUGACCGCUGACAUCCAAAACAAGAUGGAGACUCUGGAUAUUGAUAAUACCUGUCUGGCACUUACAAUAACGUCAUCCCAGAUCUCCCUGAAGCCGGACCCUACUCGAAUACCCGCGGGUUCGUGCACACCAUACGAGUGGAUCAAGUUCACCCAGUUGAAUUUGGCUCGGGCCCGUGAAGCAAUGCAAAUGUCCGAGCAGAUGAGGGAGGACAUGAGUCUCACCAGAGUCAACCUGCAAAAUGAGUUGAAGACCCAGCAGAGAGCCACAGAGUUUACACUGCGUAAGCGCAAUCAUCAAGAGCAGCAGGCUUGUCGUGAGCUUGAGUGGCAAUUGAAAAAUACUGAAGAUGAGAUAGCAGACAUGGAAGACGACAUAUCCAAGCUGGAUGCGGAUCUGCGGGCCAAGACGGCGCCGAUGAAGCUAGCUCACACCAGACUGGAGAACAGAACCUGCCGGCCUGGCAUGGACCUCUGCAGAGAUGAGGCGCAACGUUGCCUUGUUGACGAAGUCAACCAGCUGCAGGCUACAAUUGCCAUUCUGAAGGAGAAGCUGUGUGAAGCACAGCACUCGUUACAGAGGCUGAAGCUUCAUCACAACCAACUGAUGCAGGAUCACUCCAGGAAACGUGAAGCUUUGGCCCUGGAACAACGUUGCAUCAACAUCCGCAGCCGCCUCAUCCCGAUAUUAUACAGCGAUGACACCCCAGUACCACUGCGCCUCCUCACGAGCUCGAGCGGCAGGAGCAGCAAGCAUCUUGAAGCUCAGUAGGAUUUUGUUUUUGUCAUUGGUCUUUCACUCAAAUUCCAAUA